GGGCACAGCGAGUCUUCACUGUCAUCUUCACAUCACUCACCAUGGAGGUGCAAGUUGUUGGUCUUUGUGUCGCUGUGCUCUUCACCGGAUCAUUGGGCCAUGAUUUUCCAGCCACUCAUCAGCAGGAUGGAACCAUGGGCCAGGUACAACAAGGAUAUGACGGCGGCAACCUUCAGGAAUUUGCCCAGGGUCAACAAGAAUACGGCGAUGCUAUGGUUCAAGACUACGUCCAGGGACAAGUAGACUACGACGAUGCUAAUCUUGAAGAUUACGUUCUUGGAGAAGUACAGGGAGGAGAAAAUGGCGGUAAGUUCCCGAUCACCGUCGGUGAACACGUUUACCUGCAGCUGGAAGACGAGGGUGGGAAAGGUCCGAAUGGAGCGUUAGGGGAUGGGAUGCAGUUUGGGGAGGGUACGAUGGAGCAGCAAGAAGGCGGCGCUGAAGAUGGAGCUAUCAUGGACGAAGAAGAAGGAAGGAAGGUGUACCUUAUGUACAUGGGCGGUGGUGACUCUGAAGUUGAGGAGAUGAUCGCCGGAGAGUAUCUGGAAGGUCCCAGCAAGACGUUUCUCGAGAUGGAGGAGGUGCAACCGGAGGAAGGAGAGGGGAACCCUACGGAGCAGAACCAUCGCCACCAUGGCUUGUUUCCACGAGGGAAGCGGGAGAGCGAGGAUGAAGACAACGGUGCUGCUCUGAGGGAGUUGGAGGCCCUCUUCCAGCAGAGCGAAGGCGAAAUGGAGGAGGAAGAAGAGGGGAAGGAGGGAGAGUCCGAUACGGUGAUGGUGCAGUGGAACAAUAAGUACCACAGCACCCUGAGGGCCGUGUGUAGUGCAGGAUAUGGUCUCUACCGCAUGAGAAGCGUGUUCAACUCCAGAGCCAAGGACCGACUCUUCCUCUUCAAUUGCAAACGAGUAAGAGCAUAAUUAACCCUAACACUGCUCUACAGGUGAAAAAGACCCACCAGAAAAUGAAAACCUUUGGUGUCUUCAAGGUGUCCCUUACUCAAGAGGUGUUUGUGAAGUCCAUAGCAUCGAGCAAGAGAUUUCUUAGUUAUCCUGCGAUCUUGAUCUACUUACAGGUUGCCCCUGCGUGUGUGCGAAGACGCGGCUACAAUCCCUCGAAGCGUCACUGCAAGUGGUACAAGGUUAACAAAUAUGGAUCAAACGGCGGUCGCCACUGCCCCAGAAAUUACUACCUCGCCGGCGUGUACAGCCGCGCCUCUUGCAAGCGUGAUCGAGAGUGGUGGGGGCUGUGCUGCAACACUCCGCGUAUCUGCACCAAAUGCAAAUGGACUGGCUACCUCAACAGCUACCGUAAACCGAUCAACUACUACACUCGUGGUGUCUUUGGUGGUAUGAUCAGUUACUACAACCGCAAUUACAUGGACAGACGCUACCGGUUGUCUACCUGUAGUCUCAGGUUCUGCUGAGGGUUCAGUGUGUCCCACAAGAGAUUGAACAGAAACUGUUUGCGUAGUUCGAGACUCGACUGAUAGUUUUAUAGAGAAAUACUUUCCGAUGGCAUAGCUAGUUGCUGUAGGCCAUAGUCUGAACGUGUAGUGUGUAUCAUGUUGAAUUUCGUUCACAUAACUAAAUGUUAGUUCUUAUCUAUACCUAUAAUGUGUUGAAUUUUAUUCUUGUUGUCAAAUUUUAGUUCAUAUCUAUAAAAUUCCCCAUAG